AUGGAAGUUCUUCAACAAAAGCCCUCGAACUACGCUAUCCAUACCAGCCCAGCUCAUGACCUGCGGCUGGUAGAAUGCGAGAUUCCCAAGCUCGCACCCAAUGAAUGCCUCGUUCACGUACGCGCCACCGGUAUCUGCGGCUCUGACGUACACUUUUGGAAACAUGGACACAUCGGACCGAUGAUUGUGACCGGCGACAACGGUCUCGGCCAUGAGAGUGCCGGAGUGGUCCUAGACGUCGGCGAGGCUGUCACGCGCUUCAAGCCCGGUGAUCGAGUUGCUAUGGAAUGCGGUGUCCCUUGUUCCAAAGCCACCUGUGACUUCUGUCGGACCGGCCUCUACCAUGCCUGCCCAGACGUGGUGUUUUUCUCGACUCCCCCACAUCACGGUACACUACGCAGAUACCAUGCCCACCCCGAGGCAUGGCUGCAUAAAAUUCCCGACAAUGUGACCUACGAGGAGGGCUCACUGCUGGAACCACUGACAGUCGCAUUGGCGGGAAUUGACCGCUCGGGGUUGCGACUGGCUGAUCCAUUGGUUAUCUGCGGUGCUGGCCCGAUAGGCCUAGUUACCUUGCUGGCUGCCAAUGCAGCCGGUGCCGAACCCAUCGUUAUAACCGAUCUCGACGAAAAUCGGCUCGCCAAGGCAAAGGAGCUGGUACCCCGUGUGAGACCGGUAAAGGUAGAGAAGGGAGAGAGUUCGUCGGAUCUCGGACAGCGGAUUAUAAAGGAGCUUGGGCAGGAAGCCAAGCUCGUGAUGGAGUGUACGGGUGUAGAGAGCAGCGUGCAUGCUGGGAUUUAUGCAACGCGCUUCGGAGGUACUGUGUUUGUGAUCGGCGUCGGGAAAGAUUUCCAGAACAUUCCCUUUAUGCAUAUGUCGGCAAAGGAAAUCAACCUGAAAUUCCAAUAUCGGUACCAUGACAUUUACCCGAAGUCAAUUAGUCUAGUGGCUGCAGGCAUGAUUGACCUCAAACCGCUCGUGUCGCACCGGUACAAGUUGGAGGACGGGCUACAGGCGUUUGCUACUGCUAGUAACCCUAGUUCUGGGGCCAUUAAGGUGCAGAUUCUGGAUGAUUAG